AAUGUAGGCAGCACUCAAGUACCAUUUCUUCAUCGUUUCUUAUCUCGUUGCCUACAUUUCAUCCAGGCUUGCUACUGUCAAAUUUGGUCCUUCAGUAUCACCAGUACUCCUGGUAAUUUCGCUCUCAAGUUAUUUUCACCAUGCAUGCAUCGGUUUAUUGUUUCAUAGACUAUCAUAUCAGUGAUUUGUUUUUACCAGCACUUUCAUUGCCUUUGCAAGCAUGUUAGACUAAUAGACAUUGGAAGCACGUAAAAUCUCAGACGAACCAAUCGCGGACCUUGGACCCGUCCUCGGUGGGGUCCCAUAUGCAUAUUGAUUUAGGCCUCAUCUUGUAAUGUGCGUGGAUGAUGAGAAUUCCUAUGUUCAACUGCUCAUGUUUGUCCACCUCCUGUGAUUUAGACCAAACGUUUUGUAUGAUUGGCUUUUCAUUUCAUAUAAGGGGCUAUCUAAUUUAUUUAGAUGAAUGAACUCUGCGCUUCAUGAUGGUCCUUACCUUUCGCUAAUCAAAGGAUUAGCUUUAUAAUGUUUGUUGUUAGAACUCAUGUGUAACAUUUUUUAUUAAGGGUGAGCAACCGGGUCGGUUCAAUCGGGAACCGAACUGAACUUGCCCAACUCUACACUUGUUCACACGAGAACCGGUCAACUCUCAUGUAAAAAUUCUGGGAACCAGCCUUAGGAAGAACUGGUUUGAAACAGUUUAGAACGAUGCUAAAUCUUUUAUAUCUAAGACCCUCACUACUUUCUUUUGGUUCUCACUCUCAUUGCUAGCCUCUCUCUUAGACUCUCUAGUCUCUCCACUUUCCCCAGCAGUGCCCUCGAUUUCUCUCUUUCUGGAGUCUUGCCAACGCCGUCUCAUCUCAUUUCUCUCUCUUGGUCUUGCCGACACCAUCUCCUGUCCUCCUCUCUUGAUCUCGCCGGUUGUGGCCUCGCCUUUGUUGGUCAGCCGUCGAUCAGCCCACUAUUAGCCAGAGAAGACAAACAAAGAGAGAGAACAAAAAUGGCGGAAGCUGUCAUCGUCAGCCUUGCUGGAGAGAUCAUUACUAAUCUGAUUACUCAAUCACUAGAUAAGGUUGGAAAGUUGUGGGGCAACAAGCAUGAACUCGAGGUGCUCAAGGACACUGUCUCCACUCUUUGGGCUGUAUUGGACGAUGCAGAGGAGCAAUCCCACCAAAGUCGCCAAAUUCGAGUUUGGCUUGAGAAAUUGAAAGAAGCAUUCUAUGAUGCGCAAGAUGUCCUUGAAGAAUUCAAUAUUGAAGCUACACGACGAGAAUUGAGGGAACACAAUGCAAUGAUCAAGGAGGUAAAGGCAUUUUUCUCAAGUUCAAACCAGCUUGCUUUUAAACUAAAGAUGAGUUACAAAAUAAGAGCAGUGAGGGAGAGAAUAGAAGCCAUUAAUGCUGGUAGGAGAUUCCACUUGGCCGAGCGCCCCGUGGAUUCGCGAGUAGAGAGAGAGUGGCGGAAGAGAGAAGAGACACAUUCGUUUAUACGUGAGGGAGAUAUUAGAGGGAGAGAUGAUGAUAAGAAGAAGAUCAUAGCAUUCUUAUUGGAUUCAAACGUGAAUGAGAAUGUUUCCAUCCUUCCGAUAGUUGGUAUUGGUGGGCUUGGAAAAACAGCUCUUGCUCAAUGUGUGUAUAAUGAUGAGAUGGUCAGUAAACAAUUUAACUUGAAAAUGUGGGUUUGUAUCUCUAAUGAAUUUGACACGAAAAAUAUAGUGAAAAAUAUCAUUGCUUGUGCAAAGGAGAAAGAACCAACCAAGGUUUCGAUGGAACGGUUGCAAAGUGAACUGAGGGCCACAAUUGAUGGAAAGAGAUAUCUCUUAGUUUUAGAUGAUUUGUGGAAUGAGGAAGAAGAAAGAUGGUCAAGCUUGAAAACUUUAUUGGUUGGAGGAGCUAAAGGAAGCAAGAUCCUUAUAACUACACGCCUUCCUUCGGUUGCGAAGAUCACCGGCACUGCUUCGUCUCAUCUUCUUGGGGGCUUAUCUGAAAGUAUGUCUUUUGAUUUACUAAUGCACAUGGCUUGUUGUAAAGAAGAGGAAUUACAAGAUCCUGACAUGCGAGCUAUUGGUAAAGAUAUAGUUAGAAAGUGCUCUGGGGUUCCGUUGGUUGUUCGAACUGUUGGGAGUUUACUCUCUAAGAAAAGUAAGCACGAAUGGUUGAAAUUCAAAGAAAAUGAGCUCCCAGAUGUGUCUCAAAGGGAAGACAACAUAAAAUUAGUUCUUAAGCGUAGUUAUGACCAUCUUCCUUCACAUUUGAAACAAUGUUUCAUGUUUUGUUCAUUGUUUCCCAAAGAUUAUGAGAUAAAGAAGCGGACUUUGGUCAAUCUUUGGAUGGCAGGAGGAUUUAUCCAGCCAUCAAAUAGAAGUCAGCAUUUAGAAGACAUUGCUCAUGGAUAUUUCAUGGAUCUACUUUGGAGCAACUUCUUCCAAGAUUUUAAAAAAGAACCUUUCACGAACGAGGGGACUUGCAAGAUGCACGAUUUGAUGCAUGAUCUAGCUUGCUUAGUUGCGGGGACCGAGUAUUGGGUGGCAUUGGAUGACACAAAAUCCAUACAUGAAAGAGCUCGUCAUUUAUCUCAUCGUUUAAAUUCCAAUAUUAUGGGUGAACUUCCAAUCUCACCCUUGAAAGCAAGCCCCCUGAGAACAUUUCUGUCUGUCGCUAGAUAUCGGGAAAUUGGAUCAAGAGGACCAACAAGUGAAGCAGAUCUACGCCUACUCAUUCAAAGUUUCAAAAAGUUACGCAUAUUGGGUCUGUAUUACACAUAUGUCGGGAAGGUGCCAAGGUCCAUUGGUAAGUUGAAGCAUCUCACGUAUCUCGAUCUCUCUUACAAUUUAGAACUCGAAAGGCUUCCUAACUCCAUUACGAGAUUGCAGAAUUUGCAAACACUUAAUCUCAAAUUUUGUUUCCACCUUAAAGAAUUGCCGAAGGAUAUAAGGAAGUUAGUCAACCUUCGAAAUCUAGACAUAGAUGAUUGUCAUGAACUUGGUUAUGUGCCAUACGGACUAGGGCAAUUGAGUUCUCUGCAUAGGCUAACGCGCUUCAUUUUGCCCGACGAUAAAGCUCUUGCUAAGGAUUGUUGCGAACUUGGGGAGCUAAAUGGGCUUAAUGACAUCCGAGGAAGCCUUAGCAUUGAAAAUUUGGGAAGCGUGACGGAUGUGGUAGCAGAAUCCAAGGCAGCGAACUUGAUAGGAAAGCAUUCUCUGGAAUCAUUGCAACUUAAAUGGGGGGAUUUCGAUACCGAUAAUGCAGUAAUCGGGAAUAGAGAUGAAGCGCUGUUAGGUGGACCGCAGCCGCACUCAAAUCUGCAGAAGUUGACGAUCUGGGAAUAUAAAGGUGAGAGCUUUCCAAAGUGGAUGACGGAAAACCUUACGGCUUCCUUGCCAAAUUUAGUCGAGGUACGCAUCUUCUUUUGCGGAGGAUGUAAACGUCUCCCUCCACUAGGCCAACUACCUCGCCUCAAGUCUUUAUGGAUUUGGAGGAUGCCUGAAUUGGAAGACAUCGAGCCAAGCCAUUCAUCCACUUCAACACCACCAUUUCCUAGCCUAUUGGAAUUAGAGAUCAGUGGCUGUAUGAAAUUGAAAGCCAUUGCACAAACUCCACGUCUUGAGAAAUUGACGCUGGCUGCGUCCAACCCAGCAUUGAUAAAUAUGAUAUUUGAGCUCAAUAAGUUGAAGAGCCUGGGAAUCGAGAAUAUGGAGUUUCCAGAAUGUUUGCUUGAGGAGUGUUUGAAAAGCCUCACCUCCCUCGAGUUUCUUCGCAUCGAUGGAUGUCAUCGGUUAACUUCCCUCUCGCCGCAGCAUCUAUCGAACCUCGUGGAACUCCAUAUUUGUGAUUGUAAGGAGUUGGAUUUAUGCAAAGACGAAAGCGGCAACAUCAACAACGACUUGGAUUUUCAUGGAGGACUUCAGAAUCUCCGCUCCGUGGUUCUCGAUCUCCUUCCAAAACUGGCGUCUCUCCCGCGGUGGCUUCUACGGCUCCGCAAUGUCGAGCACCUCGAUAUUGACAGUUGCAAGAAUUUGAAGGAUUUACAAGAUCUCGAGGCCCUCCAAUCGCUUCAGCGGCUCGCAAUCGGCUCGUGUCCCUCGCUGACGUCAUUACCCGAAGGAAUGCGAAGGCUCGCAUCCCUUACUCACCUAGACAUCUGCGGUUGCCCAGAAUUGGAGAGGAGGUGCAAGAGAGAUGGAGGCGAGGACUGGGACAAGAUCGCUCAUAUCCCCCGCAUACAACUUGGACCAUGGUAGAUCGAGCCCCUGAUUUUCUUUACUGAAGCACGAUUUUGCAGGCACGCGUUCGCUCUCGCUUGCUUCUGGACACAGAGGGAGAGAGGAGGUUAUCGCGCGACCAAUACUCUACUAGGAUCAUCUUCGUCGACGAAGGAGUCGAUGAAAUCACACUCAUCCUGGCAUGUUUUGAUGACGGGAACCGCCGUCGUCCACGGCCUCCAAGGCUUCACCGCGCUACAAUGUCUCGUUCCUCCUCCCGCUUGCAACAUCGAGAAGAUGACGUCUCUGUCGUCCCCCGUUCCAGCAGCAGCAGCAACAUUUGCUCAUAUUCUGUUCUCCUUAGCCUCGCACGUGCCUGGUGUCGUGCAACGCGAGCUCGAUGAUCUUCUCCCGUCGGUGACUUCUCGAUUUUUUUUUACCGGGCCCCGCCGAGAAGCUGCGCCGGCGACGUUGCGGUUCCAUGUCGCGCGCCGGACCGGUAUCUCGCGAUGGUCUCGACCUCUCCAAGUCUUCAGGCUGUGAAGUCCGAAGAGCUCAGAGAUGCGUUAAAAUGUGUUCUGUUUUUGCACAGAUCACCAAAUGUUCGUUAAAAUGCCCGAACGAAAUCGGAAUACAAUUUUGAGAAGCAUUCUUAUGCUUUAGUGUCUGGAAUGAUCGUUGUGUAAUAUAUACAUGUUCGACUCA